AUGUCUGCCUUCCUCCAGCGAGGCAUGUCCUCCAUGCUCGACUCACUCCACACCGUCCUGAACGGGGAUACCAUGCUGAUCGUUAACCUGGGCCUCGUGAUUGUCGCCGUGGUCACCUCGCUGCGCAGCACCUGGACUCGUCUGUACGGAUACGCGGAACAGACAUGCCUGACGACGGUGCAUAUCCGGGAGGACGACGCCUUGUACAGCCAGGUGUUGAGCUGGAUGGAGCACCAUGUCUUCCACGACCGUCACUUCCGGUGCGUGGUGGCCGUCACCAACCAUGACCCUGACUCUACGCAGCCUGACGACGACAUCUCUUGCGUCCGCUUCAAGCCCUUAAAUGGAUCGCGUCUAUUCCGAUUCCACCGCACCUGGAUCCUCUUCACCCAUACCGCGCCUUCUUCCUCCUUCCAUUUCGCCGGCUUCCAACCAGGCGAAUCGCGACCCCAAGUCAAACUCCAAUGCCUCAGCUUCUCGCUGUCCUCACUGAACGACUUCCUGCUCGAAACCCGCCGACACAGCCAGCGUGUGUCGCUGUGCAGCGUUGGUAUCUAUCGGGUGCUGUCCAACUCGCGCGAGUUCGUGCGCUGGUGUCGCGUCACCUCGCGCCCCUCUCGGGACAUUUCCACCGUGAUUCUAGCCCCCAGUACGAAGGACACCAUCCUGCGCGAUAUCACCGAGUAUCUGCAUCCACGCACCCGUCACUGGUACGCCAACCACGGGAUCCCCUACCGACGAGGAUAUCUCUUCUCCGGGCCCCCCGGCACCGGGAAGACCAGUCUUGCGUCCGCUAUUGCAGGGACCUUCGCGCUGGACAUUUAUGUAUUGAGUCUUUUGGAUCCUCACGUUACCGAGUCGCAUUUUGUUCGUCUCUUCGCGGAAGUCCCUCCUCGUAGUGUUGUCUUGCUCGAGGAUAUCGACGCUGCAGGUCUCGUCAAUCGACCUCUCCAUGACCAUCAUAAUCAUCGCCAUGAUCCACCACCAAAUACCGCUUCACAUGCAAAAUCCAACGUUGCGUCUCCAUCGGUGUCACUCUCCGCGUUACUCAACGCCAUCGAUGGCGUCUCGUCCUCCGAAGGCCGCAUCCUCAUCAUGACUACAAAUGUCCCCGAGGAGUUGGACCGCGCGUUGACCCGUCCCGGUCGGGUAGAUUUACAUAUUCAUUUCGAGUUGCCGUCUAGGAUCGAGUUGCGCGGGCUGUUCUGCAGCAUGUUUCGCGAUGCGGUGCAGGACGACGACAAACUUGACCUGGAGGAUCUGGCGACUAGGUUUACAGAGAAGCUGCCGGAAGGUCAAUUGAGCAUCGCGGAUGUGCAGGGGUUCUUGUUGCAGUAUAAACGGAGACCGGAGGAGGCGUGUAACCAGGUUCAGGAAUGGGUGGAUUCGGAGGUUCUUCAUUAA